UGCCACUUCCACAACUGUUGACGGCAGUUCAUAUCUCUCUGAGGUUGACCACAGCAACAGAUCCCUGAGCAAAUGGGACAACUACACCUUCUCUUCCUAUUAUCAGCAUUCUUCAUCUGUGGCAACCUUAUUCAUUAUAGCCUACGUCUUUAUCUUUCUGCUAUGCAUGGUGGGGAAUAGUCUUGUCUGCUUGAUUGUGCUGAAGAACAAACAAAUGCGGACAGUCACCAACAUGUUCAUUUUGAACCUAGCAGUCAGCGACUUGCUAGUGGGCAUUUUUUGUAUGCCCACCACCCUUGUGGACAACCUGAUCACAGGCUGGCCAUUUAACAAUGCCGUGUGUAAGAUGAGCGUCAUUCAAGGGGCCUCAGUUUCAGCCUCUGUUUUUACUCUUGUAGCCAUUGCAGUUGAGAGGUUCCGCUGCAUUGUCUAUCCCUUCCAUCAAAAGCUCACUUUAAAGAAAGCUCACAUUACAAUAAUAAUCAUCUGGGUUUUGGCACUAAUCAUAAUGUCCCCGUCUGCUGUCACUUUGACUGUUGUAAAAGAAGAAUACCAUUUUAUGGUUGAUGAGUUCAACAAUACAUACCCUUUUUACACUUGCUGGGAAGCCUGGCCGGAUCAUGAGAUGCGCACCAUCUAUACAACCAUAUUAUUCUCCCACAUUUAUCUUGCACCACUGAUCCUGAUUGUUAUUAUGUAUGCCUGGAUUGCUGUUAAACUUUUCAGGUCCCCAGUCCCUAUUAGGGAUGGACACACUGAAGAUCAUGAUGGCCAUCGAGUCUCCAGGAAGAAGAUUAAAGUCAUUAACAUGCUCCUGAUUGUAGCUUUGCUCUUCAGUUUGUCGUGGUUGCCUCUCUGGACCCUGAUGCUGCUGACAGACUAUGGCAAGCUGACAGCAAGCCAGCUCAAUCUAGUGACUGUAUACAUCUUUCCAUUUGCACAUUGGCUGGCGUUCUUUAACAGCAGUGUCAACCCUAUUAUUUACGGCUAUUUCAAUGAAAAUUUCAAAAGGGGGUUCCAGGCAGCUUUCAAGUUUCAGUUGUGCUUUGCAGAAAUGGAGCAUCAUGAGACUUAUGAAACAAGGGCUAGUGCUGGAAACCACAACCGAAUAUUUGUGGAAGUUCAACCUAACAUACCCAAGGAAGACAAAAAAGUGGAGAAGACGUUAAUGUUUGGUCAGAGAAAUGGGAAGGUGUCUCAUGGGCUGGUGGUGGACAGAUUUAAUAAAGACUGUUUGCACGCCAAUAGGAGUGUGUCAGCCUGGGACAGAUAAAUUUCCUCAGCUUUUUUGUAUUCUUAACACAAAAUGAUAAAGUAUGGGAGAAAAUCCUAAAGUUCAAGGUGAACUUUAGGGCUUGGUGGAAUACUCAGAUUAACACACUUUGUUUUGUGUAUUACUCCUUGAAGGUGCAUAAUUAGUACUGUGCUAAAAUAAAGUUGUUUACAACUGGAGCACAGGCAGGGGAAGUGGUUCCACUGAAACUCAAAUUUGAUUGAAUCUGUGGCCUUGUGGUUAAAAGUCCAAUGGCUGAGUCACUAGGCCACACUGCCUGCUAAUAUUACAUUAGACCACUAUAUACUUUAUAUUCUAUUCUAAACACCAAGCAGGUUUAAAGACAUGCCACAGUGGUACUUAUCUAAUUAAUGUGAUACCACAGAGAGCAUCAGAUUUCUAUUUUUUAAUAAAGAGCAGCAACUGGAUUUUUCUGCAUUCUUCUGAAAUGGAUUUUCCUAAAUUUAUUAACUUUUCAGGAGGAUCCUCUCUGUAAAUGAAUACUGCAAACAUCACAUCUAUUCAAAUACAGAAAAAAUGUUCUUUUAGAGAAUGCAUAAAAUAUCUAAGAAUGGAAUGUGAUGAUACUAAGUCUAUACAUGUGUGCAAUUUGGAGCUGUGGAAAGUUGCUGCCUUUGUGAUAGCUGCAUGUUUGAGGAAUGUAUAAACUUGGUCUGGACAACUGUAUCUCUUUUAAAAAAGAGCAGUUUUAUCCCAUGAUCAAAAAUAAGCAAGCACAAAUAACCCAAAUGUAUUUAAUAUAAUUUAUGUUAAUUUACCAUAGUAAUUUGGGUUAAAUCACCAUGAUGUUGCACUGCUUUUGAAGAAGUAAAAUUGAGAGUGUAGAAUAACA